AAAGGUCGCAGGAUUCCCUAUUUUCUUUUGUGGCUAGUGUUUCUGCAAACUGUAGAUUUCUGUGAAAAUGUCGACAACUACAGGAUCAUCUACAUCGAGGGACCGAAUCGCCGACGGUGACACAGCAACCUCUAUAUACACCCUUUGUGGCACCGCAGACUUGUAGUGACAAGUUUGUACCAAUUAUUACCAGGACACUUAACUUGACACAAACAAGCACUAUAUUCUACUGCGAUCCCGAAUUGAACUUGAAUUGCCAGCCGACCGAGUAUUCGUCUUCCCAUCUUCCGCAGCUUGGGGGCUGUGACUGGUGUGUUUGCCCUAGCGGCUGGACAGCCUACGACCUCGGAUCCUAUGCGCCGUUCACUGCGUCUUGCUGUACAAGCGGAUUCCGCUACUCGACCUCUCGCUCUCUCAAAUUACAGGAAAGGCAUGCGUCAAAGCAGACGGGAUACAGAAUACAAGCCAUGUGACUAUCACAGCGCUUCCCCCGUGGAAAAUUUCUUGGGGGAGGAACAGAACACUAUUCGGGUCUCUUUCGCCGUCACCUACAUCGAUGCUGUAUGACUGCGACCAGGUACAGAUACGAACGUGGACGCCUGGAGAACCAGUCAAGGAGACGGACCGUGUUGCUUGCACGGUAAGCGCUUAUCCGGACCGCCGUCAGAAAAACACCAAUACGAUGCUGUAAUUAUCGUAACAGUAGUGACGAUUGUUGUUGGUCUCAUCGCCAUUGGCGGGUGCUGCUAUUGUUGUUGGAGGAGGUCGGAGCCCAGUGUGAAGCGGAGGAAAGCGGCGAUGGGGCCGACCAUGAGCGUGCCUCCAGAGGCAUUUCAGAGGACAAUUCCAAAUCAGAAGAGUAGGGCAGCUAUGCUAAGGCAGACAGAGAGCGUGCCUCUAGAGACACUGAAGACAUAGGUCAAGUCUCUGCGGAAACCAGGCGGUGCAUCCGGUAGCACCGUUCCGUUGAAAAAGGCAACGCCGUGGAACGUGGACAAUCCAUAGUCCUUAGUGCUGGUAAAGGGGAAGCCAACCUGAGAUACCUUGCAAUUCUGAGUAACCAUGUACAUGUUCAUGCCGAUGGCAAAGUUUUGGAGCAGCGUGUUGUAAAACUCUUGCAUAAUUUUGUCGAGGUAUAAGCGUCCCAGUGAGUUUUCAAGAAUAACUGUGGGAAAGCAGUCCGGAGAGAAGUUGUCUAGGCCAAACCAGUACAACCAUGGAUUCGAGCCAUAAUACCAGUCGCGCUGAUGUAUUUGCCGAUUUGCAGCAGAUAUAUCAGCCUUCGACUCAUAUCUAUCGCCCAACGAUUGAGAAGGUAUAUCGCACGUACCGUAUGUGAGCCACGCUAGUACUACAGCCUGGUUUGAGACGAGGCUGAGAGGGAGGUCUCUAGCAAGCGCCUAGACUCUUCUCUAAGAUCAUAUACCACGACACCCCCGCCCCUCUAUUUGCUACCAACUCUAUCUCCAUUAAAAAAACAAUGGUGC